CCUUCUGUUCUUGCGGUAUUAAUUGAUGUGCAAACGAAAGAUGCGAGGGUCAGGGCUUCAUACAAGUAUUUGAGAUUCAACCGUGGCGAAUUCUGGCGAGAUCUCCGCCUCUGCACCUCACAUUGCUGAUGCGAAAUACCUUGAACUCAUCCACAAACCAUCUCUUCAUCCGAUUACUGUCCGCACAUCCAUCUGGACUCAUCCAUCAACGGACUAGCACCUUCACAAUCCCACGGUACAGCAUCAUAAUCAUCCAUCGCCUCCGCAGAACCAUGUCAACCUUCACCUUCAGCGACCUCUCCUGGAUAACGCGCGACCAGCUCGCGACCCUCAUUAAAGAGCAAAAACCCGGCCUAACCGUCAUCGACGUGCGCGACAACGACUUCAUCGGCGGCCACAUCCAGCAGUGCCUCAACGUGCCCGUGCACACCCACGACUUCCGCAUGCCGGAGCUGGUGCGCACGCUGCGCGACCAGGACACGGUGGUGUUCCACUGCGCGCUGUCGCAGCAGCGGGGGCCGGGCAGUGCGUUGCGGUAUCUGCGGGAGCGAGAGCGGAUGAGCGAGAAGGGGGAGGUGGGGAUUCGGAAGGAUGGGGCGGAUUUGGCGGGCGUGCAGAAGGUGUAUGUGCUGGAUGGGGGGUUUGUGAAGUGGCAGGAGAAGUACGGAGAGGAUCCGGGUCUUACGGAGGGCUAUGUGAAGGACUUGUGGGCUUCGGGGUAUUGAUGAAACGGGCUACAGAACACGGCGAUGGCGCAUGUGCGUGAUGCACUCGUUCCAUGCAGCUUGCUGGCCAUUCUGCGAGUGGCUCUUGGUCUAUUGCUCACGAAAGCUCUACUCUCCCAACGAUCAGCCUCCGACUCCGAUGAAUAUCUACUUUACCUGCCGCUACGAGCAUGGCGGAACUUGUAGGCUACCAUCCUUUGAACCAAGUUUGAUCCUUCGGUCCAGCAUCAUCCCUGCUGCGAGCUCUUUGCAGGAUACUGUAAUUGAAGGAUCCGUGCGGCUGUAAGUAACUUUCCGCAGCCUUGUGCAGCCUGAACCUUCCCACUGCACCUGCUCGACGACAACUUCGGACAAUACAUCCCGGCGAGCCUCCAGGAUACAUUCAGUCUCGAAUCCAGC